AUGGUUCACAAGGAUUCCACUGCAAAAAUUACCACAACACACACUAUUGAUACCCCUGCAGGAUUAAAUUCUACCAACUCUGACCGGGCUUCAUCAGGUGGUGAGACACCCACCAAGAAAGACAGCGCUGGAAAAACUACUGCUCCCCCAAUGGCUGGUUCAUCAAUGGUCCCUGGAUUUAUGUCUCCUGAUGGAAAAUGUGCCUGUCCUGGUAUGGCUCCUGCAUCUGACAGUCCUUUGUUGAUGCCUGACAACAACACAACUGUAUCCACUCUUUGUGUGUUUUUAUUCUGCUUGUUUAUGGACUUUGAACUGUUUACACCUAUUUUCUGGGCUCAUUAUUCACUGUCAAGAGCCCUCUUUGGUGGCAGUGCACCAGAUAAAACCAUCUUUGAAUUCCUCAUGUGA